AUGCGUUCCUUCAAUGCCCUUGCGGCGUUGAGCUGGGGCUUGUUGACUGCCCGUCAAGCGGCAGCUCAAUCAGAUCCUCUCGCUGGCGUCAAUCUGAAUCCUGACGAGCUCGAAAGUUAUGACAGCAAUGCUCUGUUCAAUCGUUGGCGACCUCGAUUUCAUUUCAUGGCUCCUGCUGGUCACAUGAAUGACCCUUGUGCACCCAUGUACAAUAACUUCACCGACACCUAUCAUUUGUUCUACCAGCACCAUCCCAAUCACGUGGAGGUCGGAAACACCAGCUGGGGACAUGCCACUUCGAAAGAUUUGAUUACUUGGGUAGACGUCGGUGGCUGGCAAAACAAUGAGCCUGAUGCCCUCCAACCCGACCCAUAUCCCGGUUCGGACUGGCUUGGAGUAUUUUCCGGCGAUGGACAGCCAGUCAAUCUGCGCGGUGAAGCAGAUGGAAACAUGACCAUCUUUUAUACUUGUGUCGAAAAAGAGCCCAUAGGUUGGGGAUCCAAUGAGACUGCCGGAUCCGAAACUCAGUGCCUGGCAACCUCUUCCGACGCAGGUCAAACCUGGCAAAAGUACGAAGGGAACCCUAUUCUCCGUAAUCCUCCUGAGGGAUGGAAUUUCACUGGCUGGCGUGACCCUUACGUCCACACGAUGCCCGAGGUGGAUGCUAUCUUGGGCUAUACUGAGCCUCACUGGUACAUGGUGCUCGGAAGUGGCAUUUAUGGUGCUGGUUCGAGGAUCCCACUUUAUACUGCAGAAGCCAACGAUCUGACAAACUGGACUUUUCUGGGUUCAAUCAUCGAGCCACCGCAGAACUUCAGCUGGGGUGACGAUGCUUUCCGCACAGCAAGCGCAGGGUUCAACUUUGAACUUGCUGGGUUCAAUGCACUUGUCGAGAAGGAAGAAAAUGGUGGCGAUGGAACGACGGUGCAUUUUGUUGCCAAUGCCGGUUCUGAGGGCGGUAACAACACUUACCACCCCUUCAAUCACUGGAGUGUCUUCUUCCUUGGAGGCGGUUCUAAGCGAUCUGACGGAUCUUUUGAGCUUGAUCUUCGUGCUUCUGGCGCCGUUGACUGGGGUAAUCUGUAUGCCUCAACCACGUUUAACGACACCAAGAAUGACAGACGUGUUCUUUGGGGCUGGUCUGAUGAAGAUAUGGGAGAUUAUGCUGUCAUUCAGCAAGGCUUCCAGGGCUCGCUUGGUCUCCCUCGUGAAGUUUUCAUUCAGAAGUCUCAUGGUGUUCUUGCUCCUGCUGGAGGCGCGCUCAAGGGACCGGCUAUCUGGGAUGCGCAGGAUGACGGAACCUUUACAGUCACGGAUUUGGCCUCGAAGCCGCUUCCUGACGUGAUCGAGGCGUUGCACUUGGACCAAGGUGUCCAAUUUGGCAAUGUGAGCGUUAGCAACAAGACCUCUGCCAUCAAUGUCACAAGCGAUCACUUCCACUUGAAGGCCUCGGUCUCGGACUGGGAUGGUCCUUUUGGAUUCAUUGUUCGCGCUAGCCCCGGUUUGGAGGAAUACACACAAAUCGUCUACUAUCCUGCCAACUCUACGCUCGCAUUGCAGAGAAGCCACUCAUCCUUGGUCCAGAAUUUUACCCAGACCGACUACCAAGCCUUUUUUGAGCCUUACACGUUUGCCCAAGGAGGGAAGGAUGUCACCGAGGCUAUCGAAUUUGACAUUUUCGUCGAUGGAAGCUUGAUUGAGAUUUUUAUUAAUAACCGCUUUUCGCUCACCUCGCGCAUCUACCCUACAAGGGCUGACGCACUGAACGUGGCGCUCCUUUCUCAGGGCACCGCAACCUUUGGCAGCGUGCAAGCAUGGAGCAACAUGCUCAAUGUUUGGCCCGAACGCCCAUCUAACUCGAGCAGCCCAUUGUACCAGGAUCCCUGGUACGAGACGCACAUGUCUUUUGACAAUGUCUUUGGCAUUCCCAUUGGCCUGAACCUUUAUCCUGGCUUCUAA